GCGGCUCAGUCUGUUUGAGGAUGAGAUGGCUCAAUCCGCGUACGUGUAUAUAUAUAAGCUCUUCAUGUAGAUCUCGAAACCAUCUUGCGCCGAAACCCUAGGAAGGAGCAGCGCCGGCGCCAUGGCAGUGGGGAAGAACAAACGAAUCUCGAAAGGCAAAAAGGGAGGAAAAAAGAAGACCGUCGAUCCCUUCUCCAAGAAGGACUGGUACGACAUCAAAGCACCAUCCGUCUUCAGCAUCCGGAACGUCGGCAAGACACUUGUGUCAAGGACACAGGGAACCAAGAUUGCUUCGGAGGGUCUUAAACACAGGGUAUUUGAGGUAUCGUUAGCUGAACUCCAGAAUGAUGAGGAUCAAGCAUACAGGAAGAUCCGGCUUCGAGCUGAAGAUGUACAAGGAAAAAAUGUCCUAACAAACUUCUGGGGUAUGGAUUUCACUACGGACAAGCUUAGAUCCUUAGUGAAGAAGUGGCAAACACUCAUUGAGGCACAUGUCGACGUGAAGACUACUGAUAACUAUACAUUGCGUUUGUUCUGCAUUGCAUUCACCAAGAGACGCCCAAAUCAGGUCAAGCGCACUUGCUAUGCGCAAUCCAGUCAGAUUCGACAGAUUCGUCGCAAAAUGACUGAAAUUAUGGUCAAUCAAGCUUCGUCCUGUGAUCUAAAGGAUUUAGUCCAGAAGUUCAUACCCGAGGUGAUCGGAAAGGAAAUUGAGAAAGCAACGACGAGCAUAUUCCCACUGCAAAACGUCUUCAUUCGUAAAGUGAAAAUCUUAAAGGCGCCCAAGUUUGAUUUGGGCAAGCUCAUGGAGGUUCACGGAGACUACAAAGAGGAUGUUGGAGUCAAGUUAGAUCGACCCGCUGAGGACGUCCAGAUGGAGGGCGAAUCUGACGCUGUCGCUGCCUAACUUCUUGUCAUUUUGUCGUUUAGAAGUUUGAAGUAUUUCAAAUUUGAUUACUUGAAUUGUUGAAUUUCGAAGAAUAUUUAUUUUUCUGGCCUGUAUUAAUUGCCUAGAACUAUACGCUGUCAUUGGACGCUGCUUUUUAGUGGUUUGAGAGUAUUUUGAUAA